AUGGACGGCUGCGGCGCGGGGCUGAGCGCGGGAAGCGGCGCCGGCGGGGAUCGGCGCGACGGGACGGAGUGCGGCGGCUGCGCGCCGGGCGGAGGCUUCGGUGAUCAGCUGGAUUGGCGUCAGUCUCACAAAGAUCUGAUGGUGAUGAUCCAAGAAAUCAAAAACUGUUUGCCUGAAGAGAAAAGGAGUUCCAGCAAGCCCAGCACUGUCAGUGCUCUCAAUUACGCUUUACGGUGUGUACAGCAGGUCCGAGCAAACAAUGAGUUUUUCCAGGCUCUUGGUGAUCGAAGAGUGUUCCAGACGGGUGUGAUGACAUACGGCAUAGAAGAGUUGGUGACAGUUGCAUCAGAACACACUCCAAAAAACAGUGACACCUUUGUGGCUGUGUUUUCCCUGCUUUCUGGGCGCAUAUUGCAUAUUUCUGAGCAGGCAGCAUCCAUUCUAAACCAUAAGAAGAAAGUCUUGGAAUCCUCCCGGUUUGUAGAGCUUCUUGCCCCUCAGGAUGCAAGUGUGUUCUAUGCACACACUGAUCAGUCUCACUUGCCACUUUGGUGCACAGAAAGUCAAACAGCCUCUCUGUAUGACUAUGCCCAGGUGAAAUCCUUUUUCUGCAGGAUCAGAGGUGGUAAAGAUCAAGAACAAGAAAUGCACUGGUACCCAUUCCGAAUCACCCCAUACUUGGUCCAUGUCUGCACCGCUGUCCAUGUGGAUGCAGAGUCCUGCUGCUUGGCUUUGGCUGAGAAAAUUCACUCUGGAUAUGAAGCUCCUCGAAUUCCUAUGGAUAAAAGAAUCUUCACCACUACUCACACUCCGGGAUGUGUUUUUCUUGAGAUAGAUGACAGAGCAGUGCCUUUGUUGGGUUACUUACCUCAGGAUUUGAUUGGAACAUCCAUACUGAUGUAUUUGCAUCCAGAAGAUCGUCCUUUAAUGAUCACUAUUCACCGUAAAAUCCUGAAAUUUGCUGGGCAGCCUCCUUUUGAAUACCUACCCAUUAGGUUUUGCACUCAAAAUGGGGAUUAUGUCAUCCUGGAUACCAGCUGGUCCAGUUUUGUGAAUCCAUGGAGCAGGAAAGUAGCAUUCAUCAUUGGCCGACACAAAGUCCGAACAAGCCCUCUGAAUGAAGAUGUUUUUGCUACAAGAAGUCAAGAAACUAGCAGUGUUGAGAAAGAGAUAAAAGAAUUGCAAGGCCAAAUCUACAAGUUGCUUUUGCAGCCAGUUCACAGCAACGUUUCUAGUGGUUACGGUAGCCUUGGUAGCAGUGGUUCUUAUGAACACUACAUCAGUGUAGCAUCUUCAAGCGACUCCAAUGGAAAUUGUGCAGAGGAAACACCAGAACCAGUGACUUUGCAGCAGGUGUGUGCAGAUGUCAACCGGAUAAAGAAUCUGGGACAGCAGCUGUAUAUUGCAUCAAGGAGCAAGCCACAGGAUGGAAACGAACAGCCUAUGGGUUCAGAAAUGCUAGAAGGGAAGAGGCACAGCGCUUCCUGUUUUCUCCCGACCUUGAGAAGUGAUAGCACAGAAGAACUGGGCAAUGCACUUUAUGAUGAUUCAAAGAAGACUCCGCAUGUUCCUUCCUAUCAGCAGAUUAAUUGUGUUGAUAGUAUCAUCAGAUAUCUAGAGAGCUGCAGUGUUCCAGUAUUGAAAAGGAAAUCUAAAUCUUCUACAAAUACAUCAUCAUCUUCAGAUGGUGACAAGAAAAACCAGCCAAGACUGCAGGAGGUCAGGGCAUUGGGAGAUACUGCUGUUCUUUCAUCAGUUAAUUCCCAAACUCCAGUAUUUGCUGAUCAGGAAGAAAUGGUGAAGAAGCAGACCAAUGAAGGCAUUGUGGGAGCUCCUCUGCCAGGCCUGAGCCUGUCCAACAAGUCUCUGAGUGUGGUAUCUGCCACCAGCCAGUGCAGUUACAGCAGCACUAUUGUGCAUGUCCCACACCCUGAAUCAGAAGUGACUACAAUGGAGAAUACUCAUGUUGGAAAUGAACACAUCGAGCUGCCUCCUCUGAAUGCUCAGAAUCCUGUUACAGUGGCUGAGGAGUUAAAGCCAGUUGGGUUAACAAAAGAGGCUUUGUCAGUCCACACGCAAAAGGAAGAGCAAAACUACGUGGACAGGUUCCGCAGGAGGAUCUUGCUCUCUCCGUUUAGGACUUGCCUUCAGUGGGAUAGCAGAAGUAACAAUGGGCAUUCCUAUGACCAAGGAAAUUCUCCUUCUAAGGAGAUGACUCCAACUAGCUGUAAAAAUGGCAAAAAAGGAAAAUUCAGACCACGGAAGCCUCAGAGACAGUCCUCAGAUAGACGAUCUUGUAGUAAAAACAGAAACGGUCUUCAAUGUGAGAAGAGAAGAAUUCGGAAGCAGUCACUUUCUCCCUCAGAAAUGUCCUGUUUAAGGUCCUCCAGUACGAAUUGCUUUCCUCCUGUGGGAUUUCCCCUCUAUUCAGAUGCACUGUCUAGUUUUCCGGCCUCUCCUAUAGGAGAGGAACUUGCUAUUUACUCAACAAAACCUGAGCCCACGUCAUUGUCACAGCUGUGCUGUGGAGCACCAUCAUUUCCAGCACUUUCUCCCCCAAACAUAGGGAUGUUUAUGGCUGUGUUUUUUCACAAUUUCCCUGUAUAUACCCAGAUGCCUCAACAUGCCUUUCUUCCUAGCCCUCAGAACGUUUAUCUCCCUUCUUCAUAUCCGUGCUCUACUCUACCUCCUGCCCCCCCUCCUUCAGUUCCAUCACCAAUAGCCCCAAUCUCUGCGGAUCAGUCCUGUCCGGCCUCUUCUGCCACAUCCACUGAGGAGCAGCUGGAGGGACAACAUGGCUGGGCCUUACAGCUGAGUAGCUCACGGAGCAGCUCCCCGCUUCAGCUGAAUUUACUUCAAGAAGAGCUGCCAGAAUCUGUGGAGCCUUCAGUUAACACUGAUUUUAAAGCAAGUACAGAAGCUAAAUGUGACGAUAGUCGGGAAGAUAGUGGUAGCAGUGCUAGUAGCCAUUGUGCUUCAUGUGAAUUUACUGACCGCUUGCUGCGUGAGGACGCCCAGUCAGGCGCGGGUUCAGCAGCAUCAGGCAGUGGAUUGGCUUUAUCUAGUUCUUUAGGCUCUCGCUCCUGUGAAACUUCUGGUGGUGGCACAGCAGGCAGUAGGAAAAGCAGCAAGUAUUUUGCCAGUAAUGAUUCUUCUGAAACUUCCAAAACAGAGACUAAUCAAGAAGCAAAAGAAAAACAGACAUCUCAUAAAUCUAAACAUGAGUCAGCCUGGGUGACGAUGGAUCGCACACCUGAGCAAGUUCUAAUGACGUACCAAAUGCCUCACAGAAUUAAAGAGGAAGUUUUAAAAGAGGAUAUGGAGAAGCUGGUAGUCAUGCGACAGCAACAGCCUUGGUUUUCAGAUAGGCAAAAGAGGGAGCUUGCAGAAGUGCACACGUGGCUCCGGACACAGACUGUCCCACUACAAAUCAACACUCAAGGAUGUGUAACGUGUGACAUCAGGGAAGCAACUUGUGAGGCUGCAAUGGCUGAUGACAAUAUGGAAAACAAGGGAAAAUCGCUUCCAGUCUUGGAACACUGAAGACAUCCCUGCCUGUGACAGUAAAACUGGUUGGAAUAAUUCCCAUUCCCUUUUCCUUUGGCUUUGCAAGAUGCUAGCAGCAAAUCUCUCCAGCUGUCUUCUCCCACCAUGAGCAAUCAUACACGAAACUAAACCUUUCUCCAUUACUCCCUUUUGCUCCUGGCAGGAUUUUGAAGGCAAUCUUUCACUAGGAGGUUGUUUGUGAUGUCAGGAAGGACAACUUGACAAGAACGAGUGAUCGUGGAUGGAUUGUUUCUAACUUCUGAUUGCUCAGUGCUGAGCAAAAUAUAAAGAUUUUUUUGUGUUGUG